CGUGUCACAAUUCCCGCCGCACAUCGCCUUCACUCGUGCAUUGCGCAGCACCAUGGCGGGAAUGGAGGACCUCAUUGAUUUCAAUGUCAUCGAAGGGCAUAAGGAGAACAUUCAGGCUCUCCCCAGCGGUCGCUCCGCCAAAGCGCUCGCUCAGAUCUACUCUCCACCCUUACUCGAGGCCAACCCGUCUCCAUCGCUCGUUCCGGAUGCAAACUCCGCCCGGAGAGCAGAGUUCGAGAAAGAACUGCAAAACAUCGACGAAGCAGAUGACCCUCUCGACGUCUACGAUCGUUACGUGAAAUGGACUCUGGACGCCUACCCAUCCGCGCAAGCCACACCGCAAUCCCAACUUCUACCCCUCCUCGAGCGCGCUACAAAGACCUUCCAAACCUCCCCACACUACAAGAAUGAUUCGAGGUAUCUCAAGAUCUGGCUUCACUACAUCAGGUUGUUCUCAGACGCGCCGCGCGAAGUGUUCGUCUUCCUCGCGCGACAAAGCAUCGGCGAGUCCCUGGCGCUAUACUACGAGGAAUUCGCCGCCUGGCUGGAGAACGCAGGCAGAUGGCAUCAAGCCGAAGAGAUCUAUCAGAUGGGGUUGGAGAAGGAAGCGCGACCCGCCGAACGACUGUUGCGGAAGUUCAACGAGUUUGAACGUCGAAAUGCCGCGCGACCACAGGACACCGCAGAACCCACAAGUCCAGCCCUGCCUGCUGCGCGACCCGCAUUGGCCGCGAAGCUCGAUCCUUUCGCCCUGACAUCCUCACCUACCGACCAACCGCAACAGGCCAAGUCGAUCAGCAAGAAGCCUAAAGGCUCCAAGAUGGCCAUCUUCUCUGACAUCGACGCGCCUUCACGACCGGACUCCGGAAACAGCUCCAAAGGCUGGGACAACAUCGGCACGCUCGCAGAUAGAAAGAAAGAGAACACGGUGGAAGCCAAGCCUUGGGUUGGAGAGAAGCUGAAGGGCGGCAAGACGAAUGGUGGAAUGGAGAAGAUCAUGGUGUUCAAAGACCAGUCAUCCCUGAAGCAUUCCCACACAUUUCUACCCCGACAUCUCUUUGAACAGUCAGGCAGCAGCGCUCACGAGCAACAGCGAGUUCCCAAUGCCAAGACUGGUAGGUUGGACUGCGUGUUUGUGAAUCUAGAAGCGGUGUAUCCCGACGUGACGAGACCGGAGAAGGAGUAUUGCUUCGAGGAGUUGAGAGCCAGGCACCGGGGUUGGUUGAACAGAGAUUGGAAACGGCAAAGAACCGCAAAGAAGGAUGAGAUGGAGCUCGAUUUGCCCGCUGCUCGUGAGGAGCCGGCGCAGCAACGCGCAGUCUCACCCCAGCCCGCGCGCGAAGCAAGGCGAGAGAAGAAAGGCGGGUUCCAGAUCUUUGAAGACGCUCUGGAGCCGAGUACAGUCAAUGCCACAACCACCAAAGAUGAGGCAGUACUGGCGAAGACAUUUUCCCAAACGCUAACGCUGAACGACGAAAACGCGCCGCCCACACGAGAAGAUGUCGAUCUCGCAAAGAAGCUUCGACGGGAAGAGCGUGCGAAUCGAACGCGAAAGAUCCAAGUCAUGGAUGUCAAGCACAUCAAGAACGAAACGAAGACGAUCCAGCUCAAUCUCGACUCGCCGACGGGGCCGAAGCUGAAACGCAAGAAGUCGGUGGAACGAUCGGAGCCUACCAUGACCAUCAACACUCGAGAGGCAAUGGACGAGAUUUACGGCAUUUUCAGCCAGCCUCUUCCAUCGCAGGCUGAGCAGACGGAUGGCGAGGAUGACGACAGUGAUACCGACUAUACGACUGGCGAUGAGAGCACCGGCACUGGCAAGCUGUCAAUACCCGGAAGCGAAUAUGGCGAUGAAACCAGGAAUGAGAUUCUCGUUGGCCAGAAGUCCGCCACUGCCGAUGAGGACGACCGAACAAAUGUCAGCAGCUGGUCUGAGUUCACUACCAGCAAGCACAUCCCGAAAGACAGCCAUGCUAGUGAGAGCCUUCCCGAGUCCACGCAAAGCACCACCUGGGACGUAUACCAAGACGAAGAGCCGUCCGCGGAAGCUGGAGAAGACGUCGUAACACCUCUAGAAGAUGACUAUCCACGCACGCAGUACAUCCCCGUCCCACCGGAAGGCUACGAACCUCUCGUGGGCCCGUAUCGGGAUCCGUCUGUCAUGGCGAACAACAAGUUACCCUACAUGACGCCCAUCGUCGAGCAGACCGAGUACUCUCUCGGAAUGGGGACCGGCAAGACGGAGAAGUCGAACUUCAGCGCCAAAACGCCCAGCAGGAAAGCAGGUGUGCCUGUGUCUCUGCCUGAAGACGACAUCCUUUCUAGCAGCCCAUUUCAAGAGGUCAUGAUGGCUGACAAUGCCGAAGACAAGCGUAGAGUGCUUCAGCCGGUCCGCACGAAGACGACGAAAGGCACCAUAUCGCUAGGGCAGGGGACGGCGAAGUCGCAGAUCGACGCGAAGGCGAAUGUGUCUUCUGAUGUUGGUUUCACGCAGAAAGGACCGAUCAUCAAAGACGAACAGUGCAACCCGAUGGACCCGCAACUUCGACAGACGAUCCUGUCGCAGAUGAAGCCAUCGCUCUCGUCUUUCGAAGGCUAUCAUGAGCGCCCCGAUAUCGCAUCCGGCCGCACAGCCGAGAUCAAGAAAUACAUCCGCACCCUUGCAAAAGUCAACAAGAGCAGCGCCGGCGUGGAUAAGACGGCGCAAACUCUCUUCCUACCGCCGAUGUUGACCUUCCAAGGCGGCGAUGGAACGUAUACCAUCAAGCGCGAGCUGGGAGCCGGAACAUUUGCGCCGGUGUACCUCAUCGAGAACAGCGCGGCGCUCUCCAUCUCUGAAGCGGAUGAGAACGAUGAGAACCGACCUCCGUCUCGCGUGGGUAAAGCAGCUUACCGCAAAGCCUUGGAAGCGGUGAAGAUGGAGGAACCGACGAGCGCAUGGGAGUUCUACAUCCUCCGCCAGUCGCAUCGAAGGCUAGGAGUGAGUCGAGCGGCGGAAUCGAUCGUGCGAGCGCACGAAAUGCAUGUCUUCCGCGACGAGUGUUUUCUCGUAGAAGAAUACCGUGACCAAGGCACGCUUCUGGACCUGGUCAACAUCGCGCGCAUCGAAAAUGGGAGCGGAGGCGGCAUGGACGAGCUGCUCGCCAUGUGGUUGACCGUCGAACUACUCCGCACCGUCGAAGCGCUGCACGCCAAACAGAUCAUCCACGGCGACUUGAAAGCCGACAACGUCCUCGUUCGCUUCGACGAUCCAGGCAUGGAGACAGACUGGUCGCCCACCUACUUCCCCAGCGGCGCCCACGGCUGGGCAAGCAAGGGCAUCUGCCUCAUCGACAUGGGCCGCGGCAUCGACAUGAAGCAGUUCACGCCGAACGUGGCUUUCAUCGCCGACUGGAAGACGACGGAAAGCGACUGCGCGGAGAUGCGCGAGCUCCGGCCCUGGACGUACCAAAUCGACUACCACGGGCUCGCGGGCAUCAUCCACAGCAUGCUGUUUGGCAAGUACAUUGAGACUGUGGGGGAGAAGGCGGGCGGCGCUGCUCUCGGCGCGAAGACGUAUCGCAUUCGCGAGAAUUUGAAGCGUUACUGGCAGACGGAGAUUUGGGCCGAGGCUUUUGCGAUGCUGUUGAAUCCGCUGAUGCAUUUGGAGGCGGAGGAGGGGCGGAAGAUGCCGGUGUUGAAGGGCCUGAGGGGCUUGCGGGAGAAGAUGGAGGGGUGGUUGGAGGAGAAUUGCGAGAAAGGGGUUGGAUUGAAGGGGAUGGUUGGCAGAAUGGAGGGGCUGAUCAAGGAGAGGAGGAGAAGGAGUGUGAAAUAGGGUGAUGUUGACUUCACUUGUAAUUUGGGGCAUAGCGUUGGCGUUUGGCUGGUGACUGUG